AUGGAGGCUUUAUUUCAGUCUCUCUUCACCGCAGCUGGCCAGCUGCCUUGGUUGCUGCUGACUCUGUUAACAUCAUGGACAGUCUUGUGUUCAGCCGAUAUAAAGCAGACAAGGUGGCCAUUAUAUUCCCAGACACCAGUUCUUCUUGCUUGGAAUGCCCCAACACAGGAGUGCGCCCCGCGAUAUGGCGUAACUUUAUCUCUGGACCAGUUUGACAUUGUGGCAUCCCCCAAUGAGGGCUUUGUCCGGCAGAACCUCACAAUUUUCUAUAAGGAGCGCCUUGGGUUGUAUCCCUAUUAUGAGCAUGGUGGCAUUGCAGUGAAUGGAGGCCUUCCACAACUUGCCAGCCUCACUCAGCACUAUGAAAAGAUGCCUGAAGGUUUGCAAAAAUAUAUACGUGAGCCUGAGGCAAAAGGUUUGGCUGUAAUUGACUGGGAGGAGUGGCGCCCAUUGUGGAUCCGAAAUUGGGAUAUUAAAGAUAUCUAUCGGAAUAAAUCCCGUGAGAUGGUUGCCAAAAAGAACCCAAAGUGGACCCCGGAACAAGUGGGGAAAGUUGCACAGCAGGAGUUUGAGCUUUCAGCUCGCAAAUUUAUGCUGGAGACUCUGAAACUUGCCAAAAAUAUGAGGCCCAAUCAACUGUGGGGCUUCUACCUGUUUCCAGAUUGUUACAACCAUGACUACAGGAGUGGCCUGAAGAACUACACAGGCCGCUGUCCUGUUGUGGAAAUGACCCGCAAUGAUCAACUUAACUGGUUGUGGAUGGAGUGUACAGCGUUCUUCCCGUCUAUAUACAUGGGUUCUGUACUAAGCUCUACAAAUGAUGGACGCCUCUUUGUCCGAAACAGGGUAAAGGAGGCGAUGCGCCUGGCAUCUGUUGGGGAUGGAUUAGCACGGCCUGUUUUUGUAUAUACCCGCCCUACUACUAUGAAUCAGAUGACGUUCCUAACUCAGACAGAUUUGGUCUCCACCAUCGGUGAGAGUGUUGCACUCGGAGCUGCAGGUGUAAUCUUCUGGGCUGACACAUCCUAUGCAAGCAGCACUGCCAGCUGCACCAUCCUAAACGAGUAUCUUCAGGGACAGCUGGGCCGGUACCUCCUCAAUGUGACUACUGCAGCAGAACAGUGCAGUCAGGUUUUGUGUAAAUCCCACGGCCGCUGUCUGCGCAGAAUAUCAGACAAUGACGUGUACCUGCAUCUCAGCCCCUUAACACACAGCAUCACCAGUCAGGGUGGCAAGCUGAAGGUUACAGGCGUGCCUGGCCAAGCCGAGUUGGCUCUUUUCCACACACACUUCCACUGCCAAUGCUACAGUGGGUACAGGGGUGAGGCCUGUGCUGAGAAAGAAAAAGGGCAGAAUAGAGCUUCCUCUGUUUUAGGGACUUGGCCUCUUUGCCUUUUACUCCCAAUAGGACUCGUCACUCUACUACACUGAGGAAACUGAGAAGCCCAAAAAUAUUCACAGCUUCUGCCAGCUCUGAAAUAGACAGUUCAGACUUCUCAUUAAAUAGGUGGUAACUUAAUGUGCACUAGUGAUGCUGAUGCAUUGACAACAGAAGAACCAUCGAACCGGAAUAUUUGUGUCUUAACAAGCUGCACUGACAGAGUUUGAACCUCAGGACCGCCUCCUGGAACUGAUGUCCAUCCAUCAAUAUUGUAACUGGUCUUUAACUAAUAUCAAGUAUGUCAAAAGUCAGAACUAUAUCUCGAAGGCCUCUGCUAUGCUCCAGAUGAGGAGAUUACUGUAUACCAUCACUCCACAUUGAAUGGGACUAUAAUGUAUUUGAGUGACUGUUCCCACAAAGUAUGAAAUGCCUUUUGAAAAAAAAAUAUUGCUUAAUCUUAAUGUUUAAAAAAAAAUAGAACGAUAGAACAGCAUGAAGCUUUAACAAAAAAGUGGAAGUUGUUGCAUCACAUCAGAACAACAUUUAGGUAUUCUGCAUUUGCAUUUUGCAAACUGCCCACUUCAAACGUUCUAGUUUCUAUCUGUUGAUGGACCAUGCUGAGUUAGUCUUAUGAAUGAAAUGUAAAUAGUCAAUUAUGCCAGACGGUGAUAAAUUAUGAGAAAUGGAGCCUUACAUCUCUUUGGUUAUCUUGGGCCUAUAGAAACUACAUGGCUGGACCUGCCUGUUUCAGUUCAAUACUGUGCCUUAACUGGGUUAUGAAGUACUCUUUUUUAUGGUUGCCUUUGUUUACAAGUUGUGACUAAUGAGGUUUUUACAGCAGUGUUGAUCUCAGCCCUCUGCUGGGCCCAGUGCUUUAUACUGAUAUGAACCCCAUAUGCAUAACCAGCUUUCAUUUUAAUUAACAAGGAAAAUGUAUAUAAAAGGAAAGGGCGAAUAGACCUGUUGACGCAGAAAAGAAAAUAUACAUUUUAUUUACAUGCAAAUUGUGUCUUCUGAUUUACAUGGAUAUCACUGUGAAAACAAGUUAUGGAUUUUCAUGCCAAAAAAAGUACAAUUUUAGCAUCCAUUACAGGAAAUGUAACUUGACAAAUGUUGUUAAUUUUCAUGAAAACAGACAGAUACACAAUUAGAGAACUGAUCAUGGCAGAUGGUUCCAGAUAUGCUGGUAUUGGUGUAUCUGUAGGCUUAGUAAGUAAGAAGACAAUUUAGGACAUAAAUGCCAAAAAUGUGUUUAUUUUUUCAUUAUCAAAUGGUACGUUCAGUACAUGUCUUGGCCACAAAUCUUUCAUAUGUAAGGGAUCCUUUUGAACAUGUUUGUGUUUAUGUAAAUAAUAAUAAUAUUUGGCUCUCAAAUAUUGAUAUCAGCCUUGGAAAUCCAGUAUUGCUCUGGCUCUAUACACAAUUUUUUGGGUUUUUUUAAAUGUGUAGUUUUUGUAAUUGUGCUUGCACAGCGGCUUGUGUCAUGGUUCCUGCCAGGGACACUGUUGAGAGCAACUACUGUAGGUACAUCAUCAUAUUAGUUAAGUGCCAUGUAAAUAUAUUUUCUAGACUGAAGAUAGCUGAGCAGUUUCAUAUUUAUACAGUAGACUCUGUAUGUAUUCUCCAUGGCACUGCCUCAGAAAAUAAUUUAGCUACCUAAAAUGAGUUAUGAUACUAGAUGGUAGGUUGUGCUAUUUUCCAUAAACCAAAUACUAUUGCAUUUUUUAAAUACUGCACUUUAACUACUUUUGUGUUGAGGUGGAUCUGGCUUAUUUUCAUGCAAGUUGAUACUUCUUAAUUUCUCCAUUUGAUGUGUCAUGUUAGACACUUUUUCCACUGUGAAUCUUGUCUAAAGGAAAUGCUUCUAUGAUUGUUAUACCUUCCUUGGUUUUCAAAUCGGUUGCACUCAGAGAGAGCAGACCUCCGCCAAGGCUAUGCCCUAUCUCCCAAUGUUAAGUGUAAAUGUAAAGUGAAAACAUAAUUUGUGUAUCCGCCCUGUGAUUGGAUCUGCUGCAAAAUGUAAUGGGUUCUUCCUUGGCCCAUGCUACACCUUUCCACCAAGUUUCAUGAAAAUCAGGCCAGUAAUCUUCUGUAAUCCUGUUGCCAAACAAACAAACCAAACUGAACACAUAACCUCCUUGGUGGUGGUAAUCUAAGGUAUAUUUGUCAUUAACUUUAAAUAGGACUUAUUUGAGAUGAGUAAUUAUCAAUUAUUACCAGUGAUUGACAUUACAAGGCAUAGAUAACCUAACUUAAGUUCACACUAUAAUAGGAUGUGUGCUGCAAUGGAUUAUUUUACUCAAGCAAGUUUCCUGUCUCUGUGAAAUCAGUGGCUGCCUGGAGGCUACACUUAUCAAAAAUCUAAAACUAUUAAUGUGUAAUCUUCCUUUUACUUUUGUACAACUCCACCUCUCUGUUAUAGAGGCAGCUUCAGUGUUAAUCAGGAAAGUAUCUUCAUUUACAAGCCUUAUUUUGCCUUAUAUGUAUUGAUGUCAUUGUUUAAAACCAAAUCUAAAAAUCUAAAAUUCAUGUAUUUGAAAACAUGUCAUGCUCACUUUUUACAUCAGAUAAUUUAAUUAUUAAGAGGAAUUUGAAUGUAUUUUUUUUUCUAUUUUUGUUAUUUUCUGGAGACUAUAGUCUACUGUGAUUCCAUCCAUUUAACAAUAUGUUUAUUAUGUUUACUCUCUGUACAAAAAUAUUAAAAAAUUGAAAAUAAAGCAGUGG